AUGUCAACAUACGACGGUUUCAAAAACCAUGUAACUUUAUCCAAACAUCCAACUAAAGAUUUAUAUGAUGAUUGUACUAUGGCGGUUAAUUCAUAUGAUUGUGAUUACAAUAAGCCAUACUCGCCUGAAUCUUCGGAACAUGGUGACGAAAUAGACACAUCAACUUAUACGCCAUCACCGGUGCAACAUUACAGUUCCGUUGUUGCCACAUCAUCUAAUGCUCAUGGAUUACAGCUGGAUGGCAAAACUGAAAGCAAACUUUCGUCAUCGAGUAUUAUUAUCGAUCUGGACGACGGUGGAGAUGAUAUUUCAUCCCGUAGUGAUUCACCGAGUUUCAAAGCUUCAUUGCAAACGACGGAAAUCGAAGGAAAUGAAAGAGUGAUGGGAGAAGCAAUAGAAGUGGACGAUGAUGGUUUAGAAGAAAUCAUUGCUAAUGCUUUGAUUGAACAACUGACCGGUAGAGAUGAAAGUGAAGUGCGACGUCGGCCGUACAAUUCAAAUGGACCGGAUUGUGAUGAGUUGCGAAAUAUGCUUUCCGUUGCUGUACGACAGGAAAAGCAGGUUCGGGAACUUAGAAAGAAACGAUCUCAUAUGUCUGGUGUUGGUUGGUUAAUUUCAAAAUUAUUUCCAAUUAAUACAUCAGCGGAAAGCGGAAAAAAGGAAAGAGUCGUACUUGAUCGGUAUGGACGAAAAUUGGAUACCAACCGGAAAGAAAAUCAACCGAGGAAGUGGGUGUAUCACCCAGAAAUCGUUCGUCCAAACGCUUCAUCAGAUGCAACAACAUUUCCAAUACGACUUCAAGAUGGUGUGCUUCUUAGUGAACUUCCACCUCCUCCACCCCAUCCUACGGUUCCAGAUGAGAUACGGAAAGCCAUACGUUCUAAAAUGGUACGAUGCAAAAUUUGUAAAAACCGUUUUAUUGAAAAGAAUUUAUAUGAAAGACAUCUACGAGACCGGCAUUAUACCGAAUAUUUGGCAUAUUUGAUACAGCAAGAAGAGGACAUUGCUGAACAAAGGCAAGCCGAGCUUGAAGCAAAUCGGAUUGAAGAACUUGCUACAGGAGGUUACAUCCCACCGGAACGCGAGAUAGAUGCGGAAUCUUAUGAAGUUGAAGUUGACAAAAUUCCGUUGCCUGGUGAAUUAAGUGGUGGUAUCCCAGCACGUUUCGAUCGACAUGGUUUCUUACGUCAACCAAAACGUUCUUACAAGAAAAAGGUUUCUCCACAAUGUCCGUUUUGUGACAAACGGUUCAGGAAUGAGGUUUCCUUGAAGAAGCAUUUUGUGAAGAAGCAUCCAGAAACCGUUGAUUUUGUUCAGUGUUUACGUUGUUUCAAAGCAGUGAAAACGAAAAACGAACUCUCAGCGCAUGAAUGUGACUUGACAUUUAUCUGCUUUGAAUGUACUCCUCUGAGAAAUCUUUGCACACAACAAAGAUUGCUUAACCACCGGGCUAAGUUUCAUCGUGGUGCGAAUUCGGGUUUCAAAUGUAACAUGUGUACAUUGAAAUUUCUUACACCGCGAAAACUCAGGAAACACAAGAAAAUGGCUCACGUUUUCACAAAAACUUUCCCUUGCCACUUUUGUGACGAACUGUUCACAAGCGAAUGUUCGGUGACAACACAUGAGCGUAUUCAUACGGGUAUAAUCAAAUUUGAAUGUCGAAUCUGUGACUUCAAAUGUAAUCGUUUUGUCUGGAUGGAAGAACAUCAAAAGGAAGAACAUGGCUAUAUUUGCUCCGUAUGCCAGCAUAAGUGUGCCGAAUGGGGUGCUCUUAAAGAUCACACUUUGCAAGAGCAUGGUGGCUAUUUGACCAGUGAGUCGAAUGCAGGUUAUAUCGAUAGCCCACGUGUGUGGGUCAUGUAUAAGGGCGAAUAA